UUGUCAGGACAACCCGAGAGACGCCGGCAGCGGAGCGAAGGCGUCGAAGGGGCGGUGCCGGUGGCGGCCGGUGGGACCCGAGAGCCAUGGACAUGGAGCCCCAGAGAGCCACGCCGUCCUCCAGGCCUCACCCGCCCGUGGUGGGCAAGGUGACGCACCACAGCAUCGAGCUGUACUGGGACCCGGAGCAGCGGGCGCCACGCCGAGGGCCUCAGGAGCAGUGGUCCCGCUUCUCCGUCGAGGAGGAAGACCCCAAGAUGCACACCUACGGUGUCAUUUACACGGGAUACGCCACGAAGCACGUCGUGGAAGGCCUGGAGCCACGGACCCUGUACCGGUUUCGGCUGAAGGUGACCAGCCCCUCCGGCGACUAUGAGUACAGCCCAGCGGUCUCAGUGUCGACGACCAGAGAACCCGUAAGCAGUGAGUACUUCCACCGGGCCGUCAACAUGAAUGACGAGGAUCUGCUGGUCCGGAUGCUUCAAGGCGGCAACGUGAAGGUGGAUGUGCCCAACAAGCUGGGCUUCACAGCGCUGAUGGUGGCGGCGCAGAAAGGGUACACCAGGCUCGUGAAGCUCCUCAUUUCCAACGGCACGGACGUGAACCUGAGGAACGGGAGCGGCAAGGACAGCCUGAUGCUGGCCUGCUACGCCGGGCACCUGGAGGUUGUGAAGUAUCUCCGGAGACACGGCGCCUCCUGGAAGGCCAGGGACCUGGGGGGCUGCACGGCCCUGCACUGGGCCACGGAUGGGGGCCACUGCGGCGUGAUCGAGUGGAUGAUCAAGGACGGCUGCGAGGUGGACGCCGUGGACACUGGCUCCGGCUGGACCCCCCUCAUGAGAGUGUCCGCCGUCUCGGGCGACCAGCGGGUGGCCUCCCUGCUCAUCGAAGGCGGGGCCGACGUGAACGUGAGGGACAAGGACGGGAAGACGCCGCUGAUGGUGGCCGUGCUGAACAACCACGAGGAGCUGGUCCAGCUACUUCUGGACAAAGGGGCGGACGUGAGCGUGAAGAACGAGUUCGGCAAAGGCGUCCUGGAGAUGGCCAGGGUGUUCGACAGACAGAACGUCAUCUCCUUGCUGGAAGAGAGGAGGAAGCAGCAGAUGCCCAAGAAGCCAGCUGUCCGUUCCGUCCACUGACCCGGGCGCUGCUGUCCUCCGGGAGAGAGCCGAGGGGCAGGAAGCAGAGCGUGGCCGCCGCCCUCAGGGACGUGCAAGUCCGCGUCUCCGAGGGCCUCGCGUUGGAGCGUGUGUUCCGUGGAAGGUUCGCCGUGACUUUUGUAGCGCACAGCCAUUCCCACUGUGAAAUACACCUCUUUACGCAAACAC